CACAGCUUAGUUCAUUCUCAAGCCAUACAUUCACUUAACCUCAAAACUAAUCGUCUACUAUAGAUCACUUUCGGGUGGACAUUUUCUUCCAAACAUUUCAUUCUACGUCCUCGGCCCUUCGAGUGCCUCGACAGUGCCAAUGUCCAUCCCACAUCUGCAACAAGCCGCCGUGGUUGAGAACCCUGGAGAGAGCUUUACAGUUGUCUUGCGUGACGAUGUACCGGUCGGAAACCCAGGUAAAAAUGAGGUUCUUAUCAAGUUGAACUGCACAGGCAUUUGCCACUCGGAAGUCCGCGCUGUACUUGGCUGGGGUAUCUAUAACUCCAUCAUUGGCCAUGAAGGCGUAGGAACUGUUGUUAAGGCAGGUCCCAAUGUCUCGUCAUCUUUAAUGGAACAGCGCGUGGGAUUCAAGUGGCUGUACAACGCUUGUACCGAAUGUUCCGUCUGUCGACGAGGCUUCUUCCAGAAUUGUCCCAAGCAACUAAACACCAGCCGACACGUUCCUGGUACCUUGCAGCAAUAUGCCAUCGCCGAUGCUCGGUUUCUCACCAAGAUUCCGAAUGGAGUCCCUGACGAGAUUGCUGCUCCACUGUUAUGUGCCGGCCUCACCAUGGCCGGUGCCUUGGCCCACCUGGACAACGAGUUACAGCCCGGUGACUGGGUGGUUAUCUCAGGUUCUGGUGGAGGUCUUGGCCAUAUUGGCGUUCAACUCGCUGCACGUGUCAAAAAGCUCCGCGUCAUUGCAGUGGACAGUGGUGAUGAAAAGAGAGACCUCAGUUUCAGCUCUGGUGCAGAGGUCUUCAUCGAUUUCAAGACCGAAGAUGUCGCAAAGCGAGUUCUCGAGCUCACGGAAGAGGGUGCCCAUGCGACGGUAGUUGUUCCCGGCACGAAGGAGGCCUUCCAAGUGGCGCCAAAUUUGGUCAGAAAUAUGGGCCAUAUUAUUUGUGUCGGUCUUCCACGGAAUGAUAUCGAGCUCCCCGUUUCGGCCACUCUCUGCGCUGCACGAGGGCUUACCAUCAAGGGUUCUUCGGUAGGAUCCGAGGAGCAAAUGACUGAGCUGCUACAGCUCGCCCUCGAUGGCGUUAUCACACCUGCGAUCGAGGUGUUUGACUUUUCUGAAGCACCAAAUCUCAUUCGACGGAUUACAAAAGACGAAAUCCUAGGGAGAGCCGUCGUGAAAAUUCCGUAGGCAGUUUUAUGCAAUCGAACUAAAAAGAGGGAAAUAUGAAUUAUUUUUGUCCUUUCCGAUGCAAAACAUAGCCUACACUCGACUUAGUGGAGCCCUGUCCGCAUGGAAUAGAAAGC